AUGGCGACAGUUGGAGCAAUUUUUGUUAAUUCUUGGAACUUUCAAUUCAACAGAGUUUUGGACCCGGCUGAGAGGAUUGAUCUUUUGGAGUUGAAAUAUGAUAUUAGGCUUGUAAGACUAAUUCAGGGCGAAGUAGAUUGCUUGGAAGGAGAUGCUUCAGCUAAGGUUAUUUAUAAGAGGUUAUCUGAAGUGGAUCCAGAUUGGGAGGGUGAUCGUUUUCUUUCAAGUAAAUUUGUGCCGUCUAAAGUACUGUUUUUAUUUUGGGCUUCUCUGCAUGAAUCCAUUCCAACAAGACAUAUGUUGCAGCGUAGAGGAGUAGAUAUCCAAUCCAAUUUGUGCCUCUUUUGCAACACGGAGGUGGAAACUAUGGAUCACUUAUUCAUUCGUUGCGGCGAGGUUUUAAAGUUAUGGGAUUAUUUUUUAGCUUCGAUGAGGGUUUGUUGGGUGAUGCAACGUAUGUUUAGAUCCAUGAUGUUUAGUUGGAGACUGGAAAGAGCAUCUGACAAAGUGAAGAUGGUGUGGCAACUAAUGUCAUAUGCUAUUUGCUGGGAAGUUUGGAACGAGCGCAACAAGAGGGUGCAUGGAGGAAGACCUAAGUCAAGAUAUGAGUUGGAGAUAGCGGUAAAGCAAUGGAUUUACCUUUGGAGCUCAAUAACGGAAGUUUUUAAACACUUCUCUGCAAAUCAAGUUAUGAUUCAAUGGGAGGAUAUACUGAGCCUGUAG